UACAGUAAUAGUACAUUUUGCCUUUGUGAAAUUAUUUUUGAUGUGAUAUGAAAGUAAAGGGCUUUAUGUUUCUAGAACCGUAUCGCAAAAGAGAAUCGAUUUACGUUUAGCUGAAGUAUUUGGCUGUCAGAGCAAGUCUAUCUUUGGAAGAAAAAAAACACAAGGUCCUUAAGGAGUAAUGUUAACGGUCGGCUCCUUAAGAGUACAUCUUGGGCUACUUUAGCUUAGCUAGCUAGUGGAUCCAACUUGCCCACGAAGUGUAUGGAUCAGCUAUGCACGCUCUCCUUUCAGUUUGGCAAAGUGAAUAUUAUGUAUUAGAAGUGUGUCAAAUACGACAUUAUUAAAUAUAUAUCACCCCUACAUGAGUUGAUGGACCAUUUUCUUCAAUCAUUGUUGCCAUUCCACCCUUUCUUGAUCGUAUUUUUCUUGAGGAAUUAUUUCACUGUUGUACAGCCGGAUAUUCGUUAGGGAAUACGAUGCAUUGUGGGUAUUGUAGUAUGCAAUGUAGGUAGGUAAAGCCAGAGGUUUGGUAAAACUUUGCACCUAUUUGGUUUUGGAGCAUUUAAUGGAUCAUUCAGUUAGAUCCUAUUAAAUGACAAAGUAUUGUCAUGCUUAAUUCUAUAAUAAAAUUGGUCAAAUGUGUGACAUGAUUUAUUGACUGUGCAACCACUUGUGUGAGAUUCCGCAAAGCUGAUUUCAGUGUCGUGCUGUCUUUGCCAGACGCUUCCGUGGUUACCACAGUAACGGAGCUCCAGCUGUUCGUGUGUACACUUGUUGAUACAAUAGCGAGUGAGCUUGCACAUAAACAAUAUACGUUACUUGUUAUAUCUCUGACAUAUGCUCAGUUGUUACAUUUUACAUGACCUUUUAUAGCUCUACAUAAAUUGGGUAAAUUUGCGGAAGUAAUACAAAUGCGGCCAACAAAGUAUUUCACCCCAACAGAGGUGUCCCUUCAUAACACCCUUGGCGACCUGUGGGUGUCAUACCUGGGCAAGGUGUACGACUUGACACCAUUGGUGAAUGAAUUUAAAGGGGAUGUACUUCUGAAGCCUAUCAUUGAGUGUGCAGGAAAGGACAUCAGUCACUGGUUUGACCCAAAGACAAAAGAUAUUCUGACCCACAUUGACCCACUAUCUGGGUGUGUGAAAUACUACACCCCUAGGGGGCGCUUUGUGCACGUGCCCCCUCCCUGCCCUCGUACUGACUGGACCAAUGACUUUGGGCGACCCUGGUGGAGAGAUACGCAAUAUGAGGUGGGACUACUUUCUGUCAAGACCAGGUGGAUCCGCAUCAUCAACACCCUCACAUCCCAGGAGCAGGGUCUGGAGGUGUGUUCCGAGGAGACCUUGAAUGAGAUUCUCCAGCGGUACCUCCGCUACAACUCUCACGCCGCCAGCUACACUUGGAAGCACGACUGUGUCAACCUGGACAUGAGUAAAACGCUGGAGGAGAACGGCAUCCCCGACGAGGACGAGGACUUCUACAACACACGCAUGGACCGCGACCUCUUCUCCCAGUCCAUCUGCCUGUACUUCAACGACGACCUCACUGAACUUUGACCCCAUAUGUAAGGAUGUUAGAAAAUGGUGGUGAGCAAUAUGAGCAGACAAUCUAUUAAAAUGUUCACUCACAAAA